AUGGCAUUUCGGUCAUAUACGGGAGAUGUUUUUGUGCCCAUCGGAGUGGUUGACGUGCAGAUCACAUAUAAUAACAAAAAAUCAACUGAAGAAUUGUAUGUUGUGAAUUCGAAACAUUCAGCUCUGCUUGGCCGAGUUUGGAUACGCCAUUUAGGCAUAAAAUUUACAGAUGCAGAAUUAGGAAAUGAAAAAGGUGACAAUUAUGCAAUUUUCGAGGUGCGACCGGCGGAUGAAAUCCUGAAAAACAAUCCAGAAAUUUUCAAACAACAAGUUGGUUGUAUUCCAGAUUCGAUGUGCAGUUUGGAAUUACAAAAAGGUGCGAAACCAGUGUUUGUGCGAGAAAGACAAGUUCCUUUUGCACUGCGUGAAAAGGUGGAGCUUGAAUUGAACAGCUUAGAGCGUGACGGCAUAAUUUCAAAAGUGAAUACUAGCAACUGGGGGUCUCCAUUGGUCGUCAUUCCCAAACCAGAUGGAAAUGUACGUUUGUGUGUGGAUUACAAAAUUGGAGUGAAUCCUCAAUUGGAACCAGCACAUUACCCAAUUAAAAGAAUUGAUGAAAUUUUCAAUACACUCAAAAAUUCUACAUAUUUUUGCAAGAUUGACCUGUACAAGGCAUAUUUACAUGUUCGAGUGGAUGAAGAUAGCAAGCAGAUUCAAACUAUUUCAACACAUAGAGGUGUAUAUCAAAUGAAUCGACUGUCUUUUGGCAUAAAAACCGCACCAAGUGAAUUCAAUCGCGUUUUAGAUCAAAUUUUACAAGGGCUAGAAGGCACAAUAUCGUAUUUCGACGACAUAAUAAUACAUGGUGCAACAAUAAAUGAAUGUGAAUGCCGAUUAAUCAAGUGUUUGGAAGUUCUACAAACAAAUCAACUGCAUGUGAACAGAAACAAGUCCGUGCAUCCCCCACGCAUGUCUAGUCUAGCUGGAGUCUUAUAG